AUGAACACCAUCGCGCCGCGCCGCGCCGCGCGUCGUCGACGAGCGACGACGUCGAGGCGUCGCUUCGCGUCACUUCGCGUCGCGCAGUGCGACCGACGCGUCGGCCGCAUGGCGGAUUUACGCCGAGUGCGCGGCGCGAACACGCAGGAACAGCUCGAGGCGCUCGAACGCGCGUUCAUCGAGUCGCGCGACGCGCCGUGCGCGAGCGUGCGGCGCGUCGGGGACGGCGCGCGAGGGAAUCCCGAGACGGUUGCGACGGAUGAUGUCGAACGCGGCGACGACGCGUCGACCGCGCGCGAGGACGCGGACGACGACGAGGACGCCCCGCGAGCGCGGUCGACGAUGAUGGAUGUCAUGGGGGACGUCGUCGAGCGCGAGACGAGCGCGAGCGGCGGGAUUGACGCGGCGACGACGGCGGCGAGACGCGCGGCGAGCGCGGCGACUGGGUUUCCAGAGGCGAAGCAUCGAAGCGAGACGAAUUUCGGGCGUAAGUCGAGGUACGCGGCGCGUAAGGCGGCGAUGCGAGAUAAAGGAAAGAGUGAUGGCGACGAUGCGGGCGAAGGGAAGGCGCGGGAGGCGGAAAAAGCGCCGGUGAGGCUCCCGCGCGUGGACCCGGAGAAGGAGGACGCGAGCAUACAGGAGGAGAACGAUCACAUCUUGGCGGCGAUGUCGCCGGCGGCGGUGAAAGAGGCACAAGAAGAAUUGGCUGGGAGGCUGAAUCCGAAGACGUUGGAGUUUUUGCGGAAUCGUGGGGCGAAUAAAGCACGGGUCGGUGCGUCGCCGUCAGCGCCGACAGCGCCGGCGCCGAAACGCGCUCGGGAUCGCAGCGAUGUUGCCACCGAGGCCUCAGCUCGGACGAAGAAAGUAACUACAGUUGGCGUUGAGCACGUGCGUUUCGCGCUCGACGGGUCGCCGCUUUUGGAUGCGACCGUCGACGUCGCGACGGGUUCCGCGCCCGCGCCGUUACCAACGGAGCGCGAUCCGUUGCGCGCGGGCGAGGGUAGCGAUAUCGGUUACACGUUCCAAGAAGCGUGCGCGCUCACGCGAAGUAGCGUUGCGAGUCAACGUACCAUCGGUUUACAAAUCAUCGGUAAGAUUUUGAAGCUCGCGCGGCGCUGGAGUUUCGAAUCCGUGGAUCCAUUGCCAUACGACGCCGACGAAGACGCGAUGGGCGAGUCGGACGUCGCGCCUCGUCUGCCGAACGGCGUGACGUGGGCCAGUGUUUGGGUGUACGCCACCGUUGAUUGCGCUGUAAUCACGUUGCUUCGGCGUGCGCUGGAUGACACCCAAACCCAAGCGACGGUGGCUGCUCUGUCGGCGAUUCGUUCGCUGUGCGGAGGCAUCGGCGUGGGCGGCGUUGAUGGUUUGGAGGUUCGGCUCGUCGACAUGCUGGAGAGCAGCGCGCCGUGCGAUCCGAGUGACCUUUCCUAUACAUCACCUCUAUGGAGGUCCGAGCCCGAAAACGCGCCGUGCGGCGGUUCAGGAUUUGAACCAAUUGCGUGGGAGCAUGCGGUUGAGGAAAUUCGACUCGCUGAAGAUUCCACCGUCGAGCUUGCGGACGAACCAGAUCAAGUCGAAGAAGGACUGAACAAACAAAUGAUGGAAAGAAGACAAGCGACCGAACAAGCCGCAGAUCCGAUCGCGGCGUUGUUACGCAUGGGAAUCUUGCAACGGCUUCGUUAUUUGCUCGAAGUUGAGCGCACUCCCCAGGCAGAGGUGUUCACGCACGAAUUGCUCGAGGCUUUCACGCGCCAUAGCAAGGCUGCGGCCAACGCGGUGGCGAAGUGUCCGCGUCUUGUUUCAAUUGUGAUCGCGCGAGUGAAAGAUUCGUGUGGCGGUGGGAGCCGUGGCUCUCCCACGGAACCAGCAACUGUCGGCAUCGCGCAUGCGGUUUGUGUGCUACGAUUGAUUUCACAAACUGAUGCCGACGUGGCGAAGGAGUUGGUGAAGGAAGGCGUGCUCAAGAGCGCGAUCCAAGCGGCUGUCACGUUCGGUGGUGUUAGCAUCGGCGUGGAAAACGAGCAAAGGCCGCGACCUCGCGGAUACGCCGCGAUGCUCUGGCGUGAGACGCUUCGAUUAUGGGCUGGUAUCUCGGCGUGGGGACUAGAUACCCCGGCGUUUGAUGCUAUUCACCCGUUGAUUGCGCCGUGGAUGGAGACUAACAACGACGCCGAAGAAUCGCUCGCGAUGGAUAUUUUCGCACUACUCACGACGUUGUCGAAGUCACUCCCACUUGAAGGCGCUGCUGAAGACGCCGGGCCGCCGGCUGAGCUUGAAAUCAUCGACACAGACAAGACAUUGUCUUGGCGUUGCGCCACGAUGGCGGCCAAGUGCGCAGAGUCUUGGAUCGCUUCCGGGGACUACGACACGUUUGCACUGUAUACCGUCGUAAACGCUGGUAGAUUCCUUGCCGCGCUCGUUGUUCGCUCCCCGAACGACGCUCAACCGAUGUUAUCACGAGUUUUGGGUUCGCCAAAUGACUCUUUCGGCGCAAUGUCCGUCGACGGUAUUCUCGGCGCUGCACUGUCGGCUUUGGAUUCGCUCGUUUACGCAUGUUCCAGCACAUCCGUAUUUAGUAAAAGAAACAUCGAGUUAUCGGCAUGGGGAUCAGUGCUACAAACGAUUUUACUUCUCACAAUCGUCUCUCCGGAUGUCUGGAAUCAGUCCUCCGUCACGACGUUGGCGUCGCAAAUCAUUCGCAAGUUUGGUGGUAAGCGUCGUGGAGUUUCUUCGUCAAGAACGAGCUUCGCUUCCGCAAGAGGGAGCAUGGAUUGUCCUUCGCGUUUAUCGCGCGGCUCCAUAGAUCAGCGAGUGAGCGAUGGAGGACUCCCCACGGGCGACUUUUCUUCAGACGACGAUCCCACUGUUUGGAUGGGUGAGCAUCCCAUAGUCGCGACGUCAAAGUUGGCAUUGCAGCGAGCGCUUAUCAUCGCUAUGGAGAUCUUAGACAAAGCAUUUACAAGUGAUGCGGCGCCGUCGAUAGGAAGAUCACCUCUGGGAAGCCCACCUCGACGAAUGAAGCGUGAUUUGCAAGAAGACGCGGCGGCGACGGUGGAUGCGACGUUGGGUCUCAUCUCCAUGUUACCUCCGGGCGCUGGUGUCGCGGCAUCCCAAGCCAUCAGUUCAGGUAUUUACUCGACGCGAGUUCUUGAACCGCUGCUUUCUCUGACGAAGAACGCUCUCGGCGACGCCGUGUCCGUGAUACAAGAUUCGAACGAGGAGGAAAGGGGUAGGCUUGCGAUUCGUGAAACAGGCGUCAACCUCGUCGCAGCAUCCGUAAGCCUCGUGCCUACAGCCGAAAUCGUCAGGGAAGCGUUGCUCGGAGGGUUCGCUAUGGAGUUGACGACGUCGUCAGAGGCGAAGUCGAUAUCAACGCCUGGUCCGUGCGUCGCCGUGGGUUCUUUGCUUCCGGGACACCCGCUGUGGUACUUGGCGCCGUGUUCGCCACGAACGACGAUUCAAGGCUGGGGAACGGCAGGUAUCGCGUGCACCUUGUCGCUCUUAAUGGGAAUGGAACUUGGAAAGGUACCGCGAGUUCGCGCAAUACGCCCUGCGUUGAAGAUGAGCGCUAUCGGUGCGAUUUAUACGAUGGGACCGAACGUUUGGAGAGACCCCGCGGUGUCCGCGCCGCUCGGCCUUCUCACCGAUUUGUAUUGGCGUCGCAUGGUAAAGAAUUACAUUCAGGCGUAUCAUCAAGGCGUUCGAGGGUACAGCAUGGAUCUGGGAUCAUUCUCAGCUGGCGAAGGCGGACUGAACGACCCUCUUCAACAAGCUCAAGGUACCGGAGAUGCGGCUGCCGCUGCGGCUAUGGUAAAUGCGUUCGCCAGCGAAAGCUUCGGCGACGCGCUCUUUGCGAGACACGUUGCAAUGUGGCUCCGAGUGCGCGUCUCCCCAAAGGCUCGCGCCGCGGCAUGGAUUGCGCUUAGCGAUGGUGUCGCGCUUCAUCUUUUACCGAGCGCGAAAGCCAUGGUACCGCCGGCGGCGGCGUACGUAUUCUUUCCUCCCGGCGGUGAACCGGAUCCGACGAUGCGCGAAAUUUACAUCAAGAGCAUCGAAUCGGGCGCCCUCGACAAAGCGCUCAGCGGUUGGGCCGGGGACGACUAUCCCACGCCAGGACGGGAGUCACCACCAAUUACAGCUGCUUUGGCGAUUCAUGCGCUUGCACACGUCAUUCUGUCACCCGGAGCCGGCGCUGAGACUGCAGUGUCGACGUUGCGUCGAAUCUUGCACCGACCCAACACGUCCGUCGUCCUCAGAGCCUUGAUUCACACGCCGCUGACGAUUAAACGUCGUCCUUCGUUUGCGUGUGCGUCCGUCGGUGCGCACAAAACGCCGUUCGGUAACGGCUUCGUGUACGGCAAACGCGGUCAAGAUAUUGAUAUCCCGCCGCGAAGAACGCUGUUGCUUGACGUGUGCGGCCAAGAUGCGCCGCUCAUCGCGCAAGUCGAACACGCGCUCGUCCAGGCAGGGCUUUUACAACCUGACGCGAUUUCGGAGCUCUCGAAAAAGUUGUCGUCGUCGGCGCAAAUUCAGGAACAAAGCGCGUUUUACAAAUAG